AGUUGCCUUAUCCAAGCGUCCAAUAGCAAUAACGAUUCACGAUCACGUGAGCUAGGGUUCUGAUACGCGGCCAUUUUUAAUUUAAAUUUUUUAAUAGUUUGUUUUAUUAAUAAGUUAUUAAGCGUGUUUUUGGUGUUGUGUACAUACAAAUUAUGUCUAAUAUGAGUCAAGAUGUUAUUUUACCCUCAAAAAAAGGGAAAGGAAGAAAAAAAAUAGCCGAUAAAUCAAAAUGGAAAAGAGAAAUCAGUAAGCGUGAAAGAUAUUCCUCUCCUAAUCUGCCAUGUUUCCCAAUAUGCAAGCACAAUGGCAAAACCUUCCACUGCAAAAAAUUAACAGGAUUGGAUAUUUACAAUUUUCAUCGGAAUUUUUAUUUGCAUAAAAAUAAAGUUGAGCAGGAUGCAUUUAUUUUAAAAUACUGUAGCCACGACAAACCAAAAAGACAAAACCGAAAUUUAAAAGAAGGAAGCAGUCGAAAAAGUGUGGCAAUAAAAUACUUUGUGAAAAAAUGUCGCUAUGAAAAAUAUAAAAUUCAAGUGUGCCAACAAACGUUUCUUCAGAUUCUUCACGUUUCCAAAGAUCGUGUACAAAGAAUUUGCAGAAACCAUUUAAACACAGGACUAAUGCCAAAAGAAAACCGAGGGGGCGACCGGAUUAGUACAAAAUUUGUUGAGAAACGAAUUGCGGUAAAAAGAUUUAUUGAAAAUUUAAAAUGUGUAGAAAGCCACUAUUGUAGAUCAAAAACAGAUAGUAGACAAUAUUUGCCUAGCGGAUUAAGCAUCUCAAAACUUUGGCGCACUUAUAACAGCAAUGUUAAUUCUGAACAUCAUGUAAAAAGAACAUUUUUUCAAAAAAUUUUUACUAAUGAUUACAAUAUUGGCUUUGGAACUCCGGUAACUGAUGCAUGUUCCAAAUGCAUCGAACUGUCGGAGAGAAUAAAACAGGAAAUGCGUCCUAAUGAAAAAAACAAAUUAAUUAUAGAAAAAAGAGUUCAUAAAUUAAAAGCAACGGCGUUUUUCAAAAAACUACAAGAAAAGAAAAAUGAAUUAAUUACAUUUUCAUUUGAUUGCCAAAAAAAUUUGGUUAUACCAAAAAUACCAGAUCAAAUUGCCUACUUCAGCCGGCAGCUAUACAUCUAUAAUUUUACCAUUGUAAGAGGUUCUUCAAAAAGUCACAUGAACCCAGAAAACGUAUUUAUUUAUACGUGGAUGGAGCAUGAAUAUAAAAAAAGUUCCAAUGAGAUAUCAUCAGCUGUGUUUCAUUGCCUAUCACAAGUCGAUCUUUCACCAUAUUCAAAUAUACGUCUAUGCGCUGAUGGUUGUGGAGGACAAAAUCGGAAUUCUACAAUGAUAGGAAUGUGUUCUUAUUUUUUGGCAAAUGUGGCACCUCCGAAUGUUAAAACAAUAGAAUUGAUUUUUCCAGUGCCUGGACAUUCAUAUCUCCCAUCUGAUAGGAUAUUCGGUCGCAUUGAAAAAAUUUUAAAGAAAGAAUCAACUAUUAUAGAUCCAAAAAUUUAUAGAAAUAUUUUUGAGGAGCAUGGAACUGUUGUGCAGCUGGGCAAGGAUUGUGAAGUAAAAGAUUGGAAGUUGAGCGUUAAAGAAUUUUUGAAACCUGUUCAAGCGUGGCACUUUAAGUUUUCGCAAGCAAAAAGAUUUAUUUUAUCGAAAAGUCAAAGAAAUUUAAUUCUUGUUAGUGGAGAGGUUUAUUACAAUUCUGACACUGGGACUGCAAAGUCAUUAUUAAAAAGAGGGAAAACAUUCAGUUAUUUCUCACCAAAUCAAAUUGAAAUGAGAGUUGAUUUGAAUCAAAAAAAGGUCGGUAACGUCAGGGAGCUUUUAAGAAAACAUUUUGGUGAUAGGUGGAUGGAAAGACAAGACUUGAGUUUUUUAUACCUUUAG